AUGCCACCAAGCCCGAUGAGCUCCGAGUUCCCAGCGCAAGCAUUUCCACGCCCUGCUCAACUUGAAGCCUUUUUAGAACGUGAAGACCCAGAUGGUCCAGACCGGGCCAAGAGUAUAUGGUCUCAGAAGAACGUUGACACGAUAUCGCGACUGAUCAAAGACGGUCGAAUCCGUCCUGCAGGGCUGGCAGUAGUUGAAGCUGCGAAAGUAGAUUGGAGAUGGGACCGUGCCUAUGCAGGGCCUGGAAUGAUUACGGUGCCCAAAGAUCUCACUAUCGCGCUUGCCGAAAUGCCCCCCGCAAAGGCGUCGUGGGAUCAUUUGAACAAGAGCGAGAGGAUCAGUCCACUGACUGAAGGUGUACUGGCAGACACAAUCUGUUAUUUUGACGCCCAAACUGGACAACAUACAACAUGGAUAAUGACGGUCCCAUACGGCUUUGGACAUGAAACAAGAUCUACAAGAUACAUGCGCGCGUACGCCGUCGACGUCAACCUUUGUGGUUGCUCAGCUCUCCUGCGAUUCAAGGAACAGUGGCUCACAAGCUCAAAAAUCUCCAGGGGGGGGGGGGGGGGGGGCAGGGACAGGGAGCCCAAGGAGAGCGGACAACAGGAUAUGUACCACGUCGAGUCUGACGGCAGAUCGCUUUCCCAUCGGCGUAAUAAAUUUCGCAAGACCAGACUGGAUGUGAUGAGGUGGUACUAUGUAUGUCAGUCGUUCUACGGUAGGAACAUGGUAUAUCCGACGGGCGCUGGGUUGGCGGCAGGUGAUGCGGAAUGGGGAAAUGGCAGCAGUACAGUGAUCGACAGAGAGCACGGGAAAAGAAUCCAUGAAAGCAUCGUACCUUGUACUUCUUGUACACAUGUCACAUCGACGUGGGCUCUCUCAGGGGGCGCUGCACAGGUUAUCGGUAAGAGCGUGUGGAGGCACGUGCACAUCGGGCCGCCGGAAGCUUGGAAGAACAUUGAAAAGGAAGGGAAGGUCUGGAGUCGCGACACGGCGAAUUCCACUACACAUUGGUAUUACACAUGGCUCGACGAUGCGCGCAAGUUGCGCCGUGCUGCUCUUGUGUGGCGCUGGCCCAUGAUUUGCUCCAGGUGA